AUGGUUGAAAAGGCAGAAACACUUGCAUCAAUUAACAUGACAAAAUAUGGGAUUGAUACAGUGCUGUUUUUUGAUGAAGCUAACACAAGUGAUGCUCUUGGCCUGAUCAAAGAAGUGAUGUGUGAUAGAAGAAUUAAUGGCAGACAAAUUGUAAAUAAUGUCAAGUUUAUUGCUGCUUGUAAUCCAUACAGAAAACACACAAAUUUAAUGAUAAACAAACUCGAAUCAGCUGGUCUGGGCUUCUUUGUAAAAGCUAGUGAAACACAGCAAAAAUUGGGUAAAAUUCCAUUGAGACAAUUAGUGUAUAGAGUACUUGAUUUACCUCCUAGUAUGAGACCACUAGUAUAUGACUUUGGACAAUUAAAUUUUAAUACUGAAAAAGACUACAUAUUCCAAAUAGUAAAAAAUAGGUGUCUCUAUAUACCUCAAGUUACUGAAAAAAGUGAUGUAAUUCAGGCAGUUACUGAUAUAUUAGUAUGGUCUCAAAACCACAUGAGAGAAAAAAAUGAUGAAUGCAGUUUUGUCAGUUUAAGAGAUGUUGAGAGGGCAAUGAUUGUUUUCAGUUAUUUUUGUCAGAAAAAAGAUAUUUUCAUAAAUAAAGUUGCAGAAAAAGCUGAGAAAGAGCAAAAACACCCAGUUGAUGAUAUUACACGUUCAUUGAUUCUAGCAGUCAGUGUUUGUUUUCAUGCUAGACUUACAAACAGAGCAGUGUUUGAAGAAGGUGUUGCAAAGCAGUUUAAGGCUCCACUUACACUAGCUGGAAGAGAUCAAUUUUGUAAUGAGAUCAGAUGGUGUCAAGAUAUUUUGCUCGAUAAUAUGAAGCUUGGUGAAAACAUUGCAAGAAAUGCAGCACUGAGAGAAAAUAUAUUCAUGAUGGUUAUUUGUAUUGAAUUAAGGAUACCUUUAUUCCUUGUUGGUAAACCUGGCAGUUCAAAAUCUCUAGCUAAGUCUAUUGUUUCUACUUCUAUGUUGGGGAGAGCAUCUGAAAAAGAAUUGAUGAAAGAAAUGAAAGCGGUCCAAAUGUUUUCUUAUCAGUGUAGUCAAUUAUCUACCCCUGAAAGUGUCAUUGAAGUUUUUGAGGUAGCUAAAAGUUUUCAAACAGAAGAGCAAGAUGUAGGCAGUUACGUUUCAGUUGUGGUACUGGAUGAAGUAGGAUUAGCUGAAGAUUCUCCAAAUCUUCCAUUAAAAGCCUUACAUCCAUUGCUAGAAGAUGGGACUGAAGGUGCAGAUAGCUCACUACAGAUUGUGUCACGUGAACAACGUGUAGCUUUCAUUGGUAUAUCUAACUGGGCACUAGAUCCUGCUAAAAUGAAUAGAGGAGUCAUGGUGACUAGGGGUGAUCCUGAUGAAACAGAAUUAGAACUGUCUGCAAG